GUCGCUUGGUUGCGGCGCCGCUUCCGUCGGUGGGGACCGGCCGAAAUGGCGGCGGCGGGCGCCACCGCCUUGUCCCUCUCCUCCGCCUCCUCCUCCUCUGCCGCGCUGCUGCGCCCGGGCUGGGUGCCCCUGAGGCGGUGGCGAACCCUCGCUCGCAGCGCCAGCAGCUUCCCCCGCAGCGCCGCCAGUGAUGAAGCAGCUGUUAUCUCAGGGACAAGGCUUGCACACCAGGUUUUGAAAGAAGUUCGAAGGGAUGUGGAAUCGUGGAUAUCUGCUGGCAACCAGAGGCCUCACCUCACUGUCAUAUUGGUAGGAGACAAUCCAGCCAGUCACAUCUAUGUCAGGAACAAGAUAAAGGCAGCUGCAGCUGUGGGCAUUUCUAGUGAGAUCAUACUGAGGCCUAAAGACAUUUCACAGGAAGAGCUCUUGGAUAUGACAGCAAAACUCAACAAGGAUUCCAGAGUUAGUGGCUUAUUAGUUCAGCUGCCUCUCCCAGAUCACAUAGACGAGCGGACCGUGUGCAAUGCCAUCGCCCCUGAGAAGGACGUGGAUGGGUUCCAUAUCAUGAACAUUGGGCGGCUGUGCCUGGAUCAGCCUUCCAUAAUCCCUGCCACUGCUGCUGCUGUCUGGGAGAUCAUCAAAAGGACAGGAAUACAAACAUUUGGAAAAAAUGUUCUUGUAGCCGGAAGAUCCAAAAAUGUUGGAAUGCCUAUUUCAAUGCUUUUACAUACUGAUGGAGAGCAUGAAAGGCCUGGAGGUGAUGCUACAGUGACCAUUACUCACAGAUACACCCCAAAAGAGCAGCUCAAGAUCCAUACACAGCUUGCUGACAUAGUAAUAGUUGCUGCAGGUAUCCCAAAGUUGAUUACAGCUGAUAUGGUCAAAGAAGGUGCAGCUGUGAUUGAUGUAGGCAUCAACCAUAUCCAUGAUCCUCUUACAGGAAAAACCAAAUUAGUUGGUGAUGUGGACUUUGAAGAAGUGAAGAAGAAGGCUGCCUUUAUCACUCCGGUGCCGGGAGGAGUAGGACCUAUGACUGUUGCAAUGCUUCUGAAGAACACACUCCUGGUGGCUAAAAAGCUCAUUUACUAGAGCAAAUGGUUUACCUUGGAAGAAGAAUCUGGGUUGUUCUAUUUAUUGAUACACAAAACACUUUUUUACUAUAAAUAUAUUUAUUUCUACCUUGUAUUUAUUUUUACAUGUCAGGUAUGUUAAAUCUGAUGGUUUAUAAAAUGUUCAGAUACUUUGUCUUUCCUCCUACUGACUUAUUGUGAGCAAAAUUGACUUUGAGAAUGCAGCCUACACGGGUAUGUUGGUGGUGGUGGCCAAUUAUGUGUUGGAGAAUGAAGAAUGAAGCAUAAAUUACAACUUCACCUAUGUAUUGGGGCAGUUAUCAAGGUCCUGUAAACACUUGGGACCUGUUCAAACAAUAUAAAAACUAAGACAUGCUAAAUAUCUUUCAAAUACAUGGUUUGGGUUCUGAGGUCACUAGGCACUCUGGAUGUAGUUCAGGGUCUUUAAAUACUUUUUUUGAACGAGUAGAGCCAGCAGUGGCCAGGCAGUAAUGUUGACAUGAAUGCGAAUGUUCAGUGAAUGUUUUAAAAGAGUCAAGCUUGAAUGCUGGUGAAAUUCUGACUUGAAACACCUGCAAGAGGUAAGCGUGAAUAAGUAGCUAGAAUUGAGACUGGAGUUAUUUUUUUUCUAUGUCUGGGCAAAUUGCUUUGGUGCCUAAUACUGCCAUCUCAUAAAAACCCCUCAAACCUGGCCAGUUGCUUGGGCUGAAUUUGAUUGAAAUUGAACGGAAUGGAAUCAAAUUGAUUGGAAUUGAAUGGAAUGUAGUUAAAACUUCUCUACAUGUACAACAUAUAUGUGUGGCAGGAGGUCAAGAGGAGGAGAAAACCAAAGCUUUAUCCCUCAUGAAAAAUUUGUGUUAGAACUUUAAGCCAUUUAAUUAUUCUCUUAUUUUUCAAAACUGCAUAAAGAGGGCUUUUUUUAAUCCAUGUUGUAAGCCUCGCCUUCAAUGGCCACAGUAUUUUGCUGGUUAGAGAAGAGCACAUGGGAUGAGAUCAGUGUGCCUCUAUUCCCAAAGCUGUUUCUUGGAUGGAUCUAGAACAGUUACUGCUGAGAUGCCAGUUCAGCUGAAUGUGUGCAUGCUGAUGUUCCCACUGAAGGCACUGGUAGACAGUUAGGAUGUCUACAUCUGCACCAGGAUAACUGAUUUAUUUUCAUCAGGAGCCAUAGGUGUUUGCUAUUGGGCUAUAGUUAACUUGGAAGGGGAAGGAAAAAGACUGUGGUGAAGUUCCCUUGCUGAUAAAGGGGAACAUGCCUUUACUGUGAUAAGUCAAGGUGGAGCAUCCUUUCCAUGCUCACUGUUCUUGUGAUGGAUUUUGAGUUUGCUCUUGCACAGUGUUUGCACAAGUUUGACAGGAUUAUUGCUAAAUAUACAAUGCCAAUGGUGCAGAUGCUUGUCUUUUUAAAUGUAGGUGGUAAUAUAAAUUUAUGUGGUAAUGUAAGUGGUAGGAGGAUGAAGGCACCUAUGGAGACUGUACUUGGACUCAUCAACCCAUGUCUGAAAGAUGGAAUAAAACUUGUUUGCUGUUA